GCGUUCAGAACGAGAAAACUAAUCGCACGGUGGAUACUGUAGUACAAAAUAAUACAAAAAAAAAAAACAUUAAAAGACUCUUCUUCGGAAACUCAAAGACUAGAAGACAUUUUUUGUGGUCAAGGAUGAUCGAACCCUUGAGUGGCAGUGGUGAAGUGCAAGCAUGAACAAAUAAAUCUGUGGAGUUAUAUUCUGUUCUUAUUUUUUGUUGUUGUGCCCCACAGUAAUAGUGGAUAUAAGGAAACCUCAACCUAGACAGCUGUGAAGCGAACAAAUUUUUCUUUUGAGCCGCCGUGUGUAGAUAUAUAUACAUACGAGUAUAUGUAUAUGGUUCAUUAAAAGUGUGGCAGAACUUUGGCACUGGCGACGACAAGUAACGAGCGACGACGACCUGUGGCAAUGCUCCAGCAAAUUGUGCGGGUAAUUUCCAGCUCGGCUUAAUUUGGUCUAAGUCGCAGCCAAAUGGUCAUGCGCACCGUUGGCCGCCGCCGCUGUCAUUCGAAAGUUGCCUCCUCUGCGUGACACACAUUUCGGAGCAUUAGAAGCAUUCGACUCCACACAUCUGGCAGACAAGUUGGAGCUCUGCCCUGCCGCAUCCACUGGGAGUUAUAUACACAGAUCUGUAUACAUCUGUAUAUAUCUGUAUAUACAUACGUGGGCAUACCCAAGGGGUACCUCAAACAGCCUGGCCCAAGUCCAAAGUCGCCUCUGUUGCAUUAUUCAUGCUCUUCGGCGGCAUCCACGUCCACGUCCACGUCCACUUCUACGCAACGGGAACGGGAACGGCAACGGAAUCCACGAACGAAGAUGACGCUGCGCUUAGUCAGCAUAUUAUCGGCGGCAUUACUACUCCUAUGGCCCGCACAGCUGGAUGCAUUUAUCACACCGAAUACAGGCUGCCAUCACAAUGGCACUUGGUUCGCAGACAAGUCGGUGGUGCCCAGCAUGGAGAAGUGUCUGAACUGCCAGUGUAACCGCAGGACACUAGUGUGUCGCCUGAAAGUGUGUCCCGAAAUGCCAAUGCCACCGCCCAGGGGCUGUGUGGUGGUCCAGAAGAAGAGCUCCUGCUGCCCGUAUCUUUCCUGCGCCAGAUUGGAUGCCUUCUACAAGAUACCCACCAAGCGGCGCAUCAUCGCGUAUCUGGAUCACUACGAAAGGGAGUCCAUCGAUCGGGUGGUCAACGAUAAUAUGCUGCAGAGACGAUCAGAUGAUUCGGACACGGACAUGUUUGUUUGUGUGAAAAAUGGCACUGUCUACAAGUCGGGAUCGGCCAUGUCGUCUUCGAACUUGUGCAGCUACUGCUAUUGCAUAGGUGGCACCGAGAAGUGUGUGAAGCCCAAGUGCAUGCUGCCCGUGGAGGGCUGCAAGCCCAUAUUUGUGGACUCCACCUGCUGUCCCGUGCGAUACGAUUGCAGCAGCAAAACGUCGGGCAAAUCCUCUCAAGAGGUGCGCUACAGGAAGACCUCGAACAAGCACUUUCUGCGCAUGUCACAGCGCCUGCAGCGCAAUCGAGGCUGCACUGUGGGCGCCCAGUUCUACGCAGAGGGUCAGAAGAUGCGAUCGGAUGCGGACAAGCCCUGCGACAUAUGCUUCUGUAUCCGGGGAACUAGGCGAUGUGCUCCAAAGAAGUGCUCGCCGGCUCUGAAGAACUGCAUUCCGGUGGUGCCGAAGGGCCAGUGCUGUCCAUCGAGUUACGACUGUGGCAGUCAGCGGGAUUAUCGUAGAUCGCACAACUCCAGGCAGUUCAAUCUGUAUAACAUGCUGUUUGGCAAGGAGGAACCGGAACUCCAGCCGGAGACAGCUAUAAUACCCCAGAAUUCCAUGGCCGAGAGGUAUCCACACGAUCGUCAUCCCACGCGAGCUCCUCUGGGUAAUCCCCUGGAGGUCAGCAGUGAAAAGAGCAUUAUGGACACACUUCGCGAGGGCCUGGAGUUCAUAGAUGGCAAUAACAACAAGAUGCUGGCUAAUAACUUGGACCUUGUGGGCAUGAGAACCACCCAAGAACCGCCUCUAAUGCGAACGGAAUCCAGUGAGGGAGUGAGCAGUUCUACGACACUAAGUUUCCUGGAUUUGCUAUUGGGUCCGAAUACGGAAACCACGAGCCACGAGGAAAUAAGGCAACCGGAAUCCACAACGUCCAAGAACACACUCUCCUGGAUGGAUAUACUCUUGGGUCCGGACGAAGAGGAGCUUGGCCCCAAAACAGAAGCCUAUUUGGAGACCAGUACCACUCUAAAUCAACCUGAUGGUUUCAGUGCCUCAACGAACAGCAUAAAACGCAUUGCCGAGGACUUUGACGAGCAAUUGGACAAUGGUGAAAUGGCUGUGGGCGAACUGCCGGCGGAAGCCCAACAAAUUGGUAUCGCAAAUGCUGGGAUUUGGCCAACACCAUCCACAGAAGUAAUGCCCCCACCAAAAGAGGAACCUAGCCUGUUCAAUGUCUUGAUAGAUGGCUUGUCUGGCAUACUCGAAGAACCACUCAAUCAAACCUCCAGCUCCACAAGUACAACAACCACUACCGAAAAGCCAACCACGCUGCAUGCACCACCCAUGUUUCGACCAUUGCCAAGUGGCAAGCCCGUUCACACGCGAAUCAACUCCAAGCUGGCGAAUCUCACAGUGACGCCGCCCAUGCUGGUGGUCACUAGCAAAUAUGGUCAACCAGUGACCCACCGGACGACAAACAAGAGGGUCAAUGCAACCACUGGUUCUACGACAGCCAAAAGCACAGAAAGACCCAGUGCAAGCACCACCGAGCAAAGCGCAGUAGAUACCACUAUUAAAACCACAUCAAAGCCACAGAGUACUACGGUGAAACCCAAGCCGAAGACUACUAGAAGAACCACUACUACUCCAAAACCUACAACUCUAAAAGCUACUGCUCCAAAACCCACUACUCCAAAACCUACAGCGCCAAGACCUUCAACAACAAAGCCCACUACUCCAAAGCCUAACACUUCUGCGAAACCCGCACCCCCACCGAAAUCCACAACGCAAAGACCCACUUCCACUUCGAAACCCACAACUACAACAACAAGCACCACAACAAGAGCCACCAUUCGCGCCACCAGCAAGCCAAAGUUUAAGCCGAAACCCAAACCCUAUGUUACCAGUACUGCAAAACCGCUGGUGAUCGAAACUAAUCCGAGUAUCCUGGAGGCUGAGCCACUAGACACCAACGGUGAGCCCACACUGCCUCCCAGUCUGCCCAACCUGAAGAUUAUACCCUUCCUCCCAACUGAUGCUGUGGACACGGUUCCCAAGGAGCCGUAUCCCACCAACUUCUAUCAGCAGAAGGUGGCUUCGGAUAAGAUGGAUGUGGUUGGCUAUGACAGCAUGGAUGACACGGUGGCUCUAUACUCGCAAUCCCAGCCGGAUCAGGCUGCCUACAAGUACAAGUUCAACGUGGAAGUGCCAGCCGUGGAAGCUGCGCCAGAGCCAGUGGUUCAUGUGGGUGGGAAAUACGAAGGAAGUGCGGCGUACGUCAACUUCGACUUCGAAAGUCCUGUGGUGCCACCGCCGCACAAUGGAUUCUCACCACCCACCGAAACGGAGGGCGGUUUCAUGCCCAAGGAACCGCUGGUGAUCGAUGGCGAAGUCCUUCAGGAGCACGUCACCUCGAGUGGAAUCAGCCAAGGUCCAGUUGAUAACUUCCAUGUGACGCAGCACAUUAUCGACAUCACAACCGCGGGGACACGGGAAAAUGAUACUGCUUCCAUAGAAAUCACCACACCCGACCCCUUCAAAAAUGUCAUACACACAGAGCCGUCGCCCAAUCUCGAUGAACUAAUCGUUGACAAGGCGCACAAAAAGCCGAUUGAAGAGCAUAUUGAGACCGUCACUUACAGUGUUAGCAACUCAACAGGCUCCUCCAUAUCCUCCACCAGCACAUCCACAACGAAAACAACAACGGAAAAGGAAGCCCCCUUGAUGGAUAAAUAUGAAAUCAAUAAAUUGGAUAAGCUCUUGGAUGAGUUGCUCGGUAUGGAGUUGUCCAAAGAGGAUGCAGCACAGGCGAGCAGCACAGUGCCUGCAUUUAAGCAACUGCCAACGGCAACGCCAACGACGGCAAAAUCAACAUCAGCAACUGCAGCAUCAGCAACUGCAGCAACAGCAACUGCAGCAGCAAAAGUAACUGCAGCAAUUGCAUCAAGCACAGCAGCAACAUCGAGCACAGGUCGGCCAACAGCAACGACACGUGCUCCGGCCAAAAAGGGAAACGGCAAAACGAAAAACAAACAGGCCACCGGCAAUAGACGCAAAGUCCAGAGUGGCACGCGACGCCAAAGUACACCAACAAGCACUCGAUCCCCGCCAGCAGCGACAACAGCGACAUCAGCGACAUCAGCGGCAUCAGCGGCAUCAACUGCGUCAACAGCCGCGGGGCAGGCCACAACAACGGGGAGCACUCUGCAUCCAUUUUUAAACUCACCGUUCGACAAAUUACCCUUCAUGGAUACCAGCUAUGAGGUAAGACCGCACAGAUUGCAACCGCAGCAGCAGCAGCAUCAGCAGCAGCAGCAGCAACAUGAGCAGCCACAGCAGCAGCAAUUCCACCAUUACCAACAUGCAACACGACCGCCGACAGCAGCCCCACCAGCGGCGCCAUCAUCCCCGGAGGAUGUGCACCAGGAUUCAGGUUCUAGUUCUGAUUCUGUUUCGAGGGAGCGGACGAGUGGAGGAUUGCCGGGUGGCGAUGAUCCGCUUGGUCAGCUGAAACUGGCGGGCUGCAACAUAUACGGACGCAUGUAUCGGGUGGGUCGCAUCAUCGUGGAGCUAUCCAGCCAGUGCCUGGAAUGCAAGUGCACCGAGGUGGGCGUCAAGUGCGGCCCAUUAGACUGUUAAUUUAGAUAUCCUAUCCCACUCCCCCCUAUGAUUGUAAUCCCCCAGGAAGAGUGUAGAGGUUAAGUGUCAGUUUGUAGCAGUAGCUUUUAGUUCGCAUGCUAAUCCCCCCUAGCUGUAUCGCAUAGUACAGGGUAGUUUAGGCCUUCGCUAGACCCUAAGUUGUAUCAUAGAAAAGAAAUAAUUUAAUGAUAAUAUUUAUAACAUAGCUUGGCAUUUAUAACAUACAAUAAUUAAGGCAAUAUUCAGUUAAGAGCUACACGAAAUAUAAUAAAA